AUAACCAGUAUGGGAAAUCUUCCAGAAAUUGCAGAAAACCCUGCAAUUUUCCCAACACGAAAACGACUGACUCGAAAAACAAUUCGGGAAACUUCUAAGCCGGCACGCGUUAACGGCAACCGUAGCCGGCGAACAUAGCCGUCUGUUGUACGUCACAGAUGUGACAACGAGAGUUCGCUACCUCGUCGACACUGGCGCAGAAGUUAGCGUUCUCCCAGCAAAUCAUAACGACCGGCUCCACGAAUCAACUCUAAACUUACAGGCGGCAAAUGGAAAAUCAAUCGCCACGUAUGGCAAAAGGUACGUCUACCUUAACGUGGGUUUACGCAAACCCAUCCAUUGGAUUUUCGUUGUUGCAGAUGUUUCUAUGCCAAUCAUUGGUAUGGAUCUUCUACAACAUCAUAAUCUAAUCAUCGACACGCGCAAACGGAGGCUAGUAGAUGGAAACACUAAAUUAUCCGUUUGCGUAACUUCUUUUUCUGGUUGUAGAUUAUCCCCAGUCACAGUUAAGCAUUCGAUAGACCCACUCUAUCAACCACUACUCGACAAGUACCCUGGGAUACAACAAGCUCAAACGAAACUACCGUGUGUAACCAGCAAUGUUACACAUCACAUCACGACUACAGGACCACCUGUAUUCUCUAAAGCACGACGACUAGCUCCGGAAAAGCUGAGGUUAGCGAAAAACGAAUUCGAUCAUAUGAUAGACUUAGGAAUCAUACGACCGUCAAACAGCCCUUAUGCAUCUCCGUUGCACAUGGUCCCUAAAAAGGACAGCAACGAUUGGCGUCCGACUGGUGACUAUCGGCGAUUGAAUGCAAAAACCAUUCCCGAUCGUUACCCGUUGCCACACAUUCACGAUUUGACAGCUACCUUGAAAGGUACAACUGUCUUUUCGAAAAUCGACUUGGUUAAAGCGUAUAACCAAAUCCCUAUGGCUACAAACGACAUACCAAAAACAGCUAUCAUAACUCCUUUCGGACUCUAUGAAUUUUUGCGAAUGCCGUUCGGUCUAAGAAACGCUGCGCAAACUUUCCAAAGAUUCAUAGACGACGUCUUUCGAGGCCUCAACUUCGUACAUGCGUAUGUUGAUGACUGCUUAAUCGCAAGUCCGGACAGAGAAUCACAUCUCAAGCAUCUGGAUCUUGUUUUCGAACGAUUACAAAAACAUGGCAUUACUGUAAACGUUCAGAAAUGCCAAUUCGGAACCGAUUCGUUAGAUUUCCUAGGACACACUAUCGAUGCUCAAGGCAUUCGACCUCUUAGGACCAAAGUGGCGGCCAUUCUGGAUUACCCAGAACCGACCAACGUCAAGCAAUUACGCACGUUUAACGGCCUGGUAAGUUUCUAUAGACGCUUCAUACCGAAAUGCGCAUUACUUAUGAAACCUCUUACUGACCAACUGCGUGGAAAUGCGAAAUCCAUUAAUUUGGACGACACCGCACGAAAAGCAUUCUCCACAGUUAAGGAACUGAUCGCUAAAGCAACAAUGCUCGCACAUCAGGACACUGAAGCACCCAUUAGUAUCGCAGUAGACGCAUCCGACUCGGCAAUCGGAGGAGUCUUACAACAAUGGAUUAACAACUCCUGGCAACCCUUGGCAUUUUUUUCUAGACGGUUGCUAGACACCGAAUCGAGAUACAGCACAUUCGGUAGGGAACUCCUAGCUAUGUAUUGUGCUGUACGGCAUUUUCAACACUAUAUCGAAGGCCGCGAAUUCACUCUAUUCACUGACCAUAAACCGCUCACUUUCUCGUUAAGCUCUCCUUCUGACAAGUACUCUCCCCGUGAGUCUCGACAACUGGACUACAUUUCGCAGUUUACUUCAGAUAUUCAACAUAUUUCUGGAGCAAACAAUGUAGUUGCAGACGCCUUGUCUCGAAUAAACUCCUUGAACAGUUUCCAAGGAAUCGACCUUCUUAAACUCGCCCAGCUUCAAAAAGAAGACACUGAUCUUCAGCAAGAGUUAUCGUCCACAACCCUUAAACUACGCAUCAAACAGAUGGGAACAGGUAAGGAAACCUUACUUUGUGACACAUCUACAGGUAGAGAUCGCCCAAUCGUUCCGAAACAUUAUCGACGCAAUGUCUUCAACACAUUGCACAAACUUUCUCAUCCAGGUGUUCGUGCAACCAUCAAGCUCAUAGCAGAACGCUUUUGCUGGCCUGGUAUGAAUAAAGACGUGAGGGAGUGGGCACGCUCCUGUGUAAGCUGCCAAAAAUCUAAGGUCAUCAGACACAAUAAAUGUCCCUUAGGCUCAUUUAAAACUCCCGAUGCUCGUUUCGACCAUGUUCAUCUGGAUUUGGUAGGACCUUUACCAGAUUCAAAUGGAUACUCUUACCUCUUGACCUGUGUAGAUCGUUUCACUCGAUGGCCAGUAGCAGUACCUAUCAAGGACAUCACUGCUGAAACAGUGGCCCGAACCUUCGUCGAACGAUGGGUAGCAAACUUCGGUUGCCCUUCAACCAUCACCACAGACCGCGGACGUCAGUUUGAGUCUGAACUUUUCCGUCGUCUGACCACACUAUUAGGAAGCACUCGCUUCCGAACGACCGCCUACCACCCACAAGCAAACGGGUUGGUAGAACGCUUUCACCGACAACUAAAAGCUUCACUAUCAGCUGCAAACGUUUCACAGUGGACCGACGCUCUUCCACUCGUCUUACUAGGUAUCCGCAAUGCAGUGAAAGCUGACAUUGGAUACACUGCGGCUCAACUCGUUUAUGGAACAACACUUCGACUUCCAGGAGAAUUCGUGGAUCCUUCAUUCUCUUCAUUGAGCAUGGAUCUAACCUCUUACACGAACAGGCUUACAAACGCAAUGCGUUCAGUUAAACCUGCUUCCACUCGACCUCAAUCAACUGAUGUUUUCAUUCAACCUGAGUUACGAUAUAGUACACACGUUUUCGUUCGUCGAGACUCGCAUCGACGACCUUUCGAAUCAGCAUACGAAGGACCUUUCAAAGUUCUUCAACGCGAACCGAAGUACUAUAUAAUCGAUAAGAACGGAACCAACGAUAGCAUCAGCAUCGAUCGCCUCAAAGCAGCGUAUUUAGAAGGAAAUCCUAUCUACGUGGAUUUUCCUUCGGUACAAUUGAACGACACGACUCCGAUACUUAUAAUACCUCAUCCGACAACCAACACACACGAUGAUACUUCGACAGUAUCCGAAAAUAAACUUAAAACGACACGUUCUGGAAGAAGAGUAAGAUUUCCAGAACAUUUAAAUGACUAUUGCACGUAAGGCACUUCUCGACAUUUUCUAUAUUAUUAAAAAAAUUUUUUUUAAAAUAGGCUUAUAUAUUUUCAAUUCUAUUUUUAAAAAAAAAAACCAAAAAAAAAACGAUUUUUUUAACGCUGUUACGUUUCAUGAGUUUAUUUUCCCUUUUUUUACGCACAUACGAGUGUAUUUUCGACAUGCACUUACAUUUUCUUUCUUCUUUUCCAGGACGGCUGGAAAAGAACGAUGACGUUUAUGAGGAUACGAAACUUUCAUUGUACAUUUUUUUUUUU